AUGGGGGCUCGAAACUCCAUCGAAAAACCCUCUCCCACGAAGCAACACCUACACAUUUCCACACCCAAUACGGCGGCUCAUGCAGCAGCGGCGACCAAGAACUCUGAAGUGCCUUCUCUGGCGAAGCAGGUUGAACAAAAAGUCUUCGAAGUGUUGGCCAAGCAUGUCCAGAAAGAGGCCAAGCAAUCGGUCUUCGCGGUUGGGGGUCCAAUCCCACCUACCUCACUCGAUGACCACUUAAUCUGCGAGUCAGACGAUGCCGGCCCGGGUGGUGGCCAUGAGACUAGCAGGGGAGCUUCAGAGGAGCCCAUCACAGACCAAGAAGUCAUUGUUACCGACGCCAAUGACAAUGAGGAGGAUCAACCACAAGCGCCAUCUCCAAAGUCCUUGCUCCAAACAACUGCAGACGAAGAAGAGGAUACAUGCUACUCGGACAUCUCCAAUAGAUGGACCGACGACUUUAGCAUCAAGCAGGUCAAGUGGCUCAACAAGCCGAGCCAUGAUGAAAUGGCUUUGGUGCAUGGUACGUACGGCAACGAGGCCGGCCUUGGUUACAAGCACGCCAGUUCGGUCAUCACUAUGGACAUUCGCCGUCUCAAGAUCGUUAGAUUGCCGCUGGUGGCGGUGCGUGAGAAAGAUGGUGUCACUGUGUCACAAACACGCUGA